AAACGCGGAAUGCAGGAACCGAUGUCCGUAAUUUGCGGAGGGACGUUGGGGGGGCGAUUCGGGCGCCUCUGGGCGGACGAGGCCAACUCCGAUGAAGACGAAGGUUCAGACGAGGACUCUCCGGCGAGGAAGGCGAGGAGUAUCGGUUCUCCUUCCCUCUCGUAUCUGCACGUACCGGAGGAUGGGGACCGUUCGCUCGGAUCGCGCGGAUCGGCGGCCCAUUUGCGAAGAGAGGAGAAGAGGCGUCUGCAGCGGGAAGCGGCUACGUUUCUGCGCUCAGGUACGUUUUCUUCUUCCACAUCUGAUCAAACGAGUCCGGCUGUUUCUUCAAGGCCGGCGAGGAGAACGAAUUUGAGGUUGCCAGUUCUGUCUCCGUCGUCCUUUAUUUUACAAAACUAUGAUGCGGCUGAAUGGGUCUUGAUACAAAGAAAGAAAAGGAAAUCCUCUUUUGAGAGUAAGAAGAAUCACCGGCAGUGUCGAUUUGGGUCACCGCCGGUGAGAUUCCGUUCUCCGUUCCCGUUCCCGUUCGAAAAUUCUGAGGUUCAUGAUGGUGAUCGCACAGUAGGCCACAUGGGCUGUGGAUCGGAUAUUAUUUUUUUGGAAAAGAGUAGAGGCCAAAUGGGCCUGGAUCAUCGGAUUAUGGUUAAUCCGCCUGGACGGCUGACGCGUUUCAUAUCGAGGAGCAGACCAUCGUUCCUAGGGUUACAUCGUUUUGGAGUCGCUCCUAUCGUCCCACCUUUCGAGUCUGCAGCCGCCAUGGCUCACCGUGGAGGCGGCCAGAACAGGGGCCGCGGUCCGCCUGGAGGCCGUGGUGGCGGACGAUGGGAGGGGGGCAAUGGAGGUCGUGGAAACAAUUUCUUCCAAGGGGGACCAAGUGGAACCGCUGGAGACGGUGACAAUUCGCAUGAUGGGGCAGACCACCAAGCUGAUGUGUUCAGCGAUGGUGUCUUCCGAGCGGGUCAGGGACGACCCAACUUCAAUGGCAACGGCAAUCGGUAUGCUUAUGGCAAUACUCGUGGUGAUGGUCGCCGGCAGUUUGGCGGCGGAGGAAACUUCAACAAUCGGAGGUAUGGUGGGUAUGGAGAUAAUAAUCGGUACUUUGGUGAUGGCCGGAAUAAUGUAGCUCAAGGCACUGCCAACGCCUUGACCCCUAUGCAACAACAGUUGGUCAAGGAGGCUGCGGUGGUUCUAGCUCGCCAACUUGCAGAACAGCAGGGGCCAAGCGCUGUUGGUUCGGGGGCAAGCGCGGCCCCUUUACCGCAGGUGGAGGCGGCGCGCCAGGGUGCUGCCAAUGUUCGGCCACCACCGGCAGGUCUGCGCCAGACAGUUCUGCCUUCCAGGCCGGCUAUUGUUGCCACGGUACAGCAGCCUGCUGCGGGGACAUCUGUGGAGGUGGGAGCAGUUGGGGCGGAGGACGUUUCGCUCGCUGCGGCUGGGGUGACAGCUGCGUCGGCGAUGACAGCAGACAAUCAGCAGAGUAAGAAGAAGGGCCCCAAUUGCUUCAGAUGUAAACAGCCAGGUCAUUGUCUUAACGACUGCAUUACUCCGUUGUGUGAUUAUUGUCAGAGUGCUGAACAUCUGUCUAAGGAUUGUGCGUUACUGAGAGCUCCUCGUCCGCGGCUAGCUCAUUUUGGUCUUGGUCAUGAGGACCUUUCCUUCUGGGAGCUCCCUCUUUCUGCAUCUGUUAGGCCGCGCAUCGAGAAUACUAGGAUGGGGAGAGUGACAAUUUCAGGGGGUGUUCUUACAGUCCCUGAGAUCAUUGCUCAGCUUCAGUGGAUUGUGCCUGAUGAGUCGUAUCAAUGGGAUGUUCAAUUGGUGGAGGAUAACACUUUCCGUGUGACUUUUCCUAGUAAAGUCGAUCUGGUGAGAGUGCAACAUUUUGGUCGAUAUAAUUUACCAAAUUCUCAGAUUUCUAUGUCUUUUGAUUUUUGGAAAAGAGAGGUGGAGCCUGCUUGGACGGCUGAGGAUAUCUGGGUUCGAGUACAUGAUUUACCUCCCAGGGCUCUUGAUGAUUUUUUGGCUCUGUGGGCAAUUGGUGAUAUUUUUGGAAAAACAAAAGAGAUUGAUAUGGCUUUUACAAGAAGUAACAAUGUACUGCGGAUUCUUAUUGUUUGUCUUGAUCCGUCUCUUAUUCCUGCUAGUUUGGACUUGAGGAUACACAAUGCCUUCUACAGACUUCGUUUUGAAGUAGAGGGAGUGCAUCCUCUGCCUAUGGCGGAUGCUGUGAUGGACGACGUCCCCAAAGAUGAUGAUGGCUUUGAUGGCAAUGGGUCUGGGGGUGCUGACGGUAAUGACCCAGAUAGAGAGGUUAAGAGAAUGAAAAAUGGUGACCAAAAUGACACAAAUGGCAAUGAUGAACAGAAGACACCGGCACCAUCGCAGGGCAACACACUUUCUAUGUCGCCGAUAAAGUUGGGUUCACUUGAUGGUAGUCUGUUAUUACAAGAUGAGCUUAACCAUACCUGGGUGGAUAUGACAGCCCAAGAAAAUAUUGUGACUAGGUAUGACAAUGUGUUAUUGUUGAAUAACAAUUCUUUUUCUAGUCCUAAGAAACUUGAUUUUUCUUUCUGCUCUUCGAGUCCGGGGACUGGCGAGUUUGUGCCGUCCUCCUCUGCGGAAGUAUCCAGUGAUGAUGACAUAAAUCUUACCCAUGUUUCUCCAACGGCGGAUGUACUCGAAGGGGUGCGCCCGGCGGCCGAUGCUCCUCUGCCCACUGUGCAUGAUGAGGAGACUACGCCGUCGCUGCCCGCUGUUACUCUCGGCUGCUCGCCGUCGAUACAGCUACAGGUGCGGCCUGUGGUGCAUGGCACCAACAGCAGCCCGGCCCAGUUGCAGCCCAGUAUGCAUGGUGCUGCGGAACUGGCGACGUCGAUCACCUGGUCGUCGCCUCCAAUCACCGUCGCUCCGCCCGCUGUUGCGACAUUGGCUGCGCAGCCAUGGUCGUAUCCACCGGCGCCGUAUGUCGCGGCCCCCUUGAUGCCUAAUACAUGUUUUCCGCAGUCACAAUGCGCACCAUUGGUAGGUGCUCCCUGGGGAUUUAACGCACAGACUUCACAUGUGAUGAAGAGCACCGAUGCUUCGGGUGUACGGUCGAGUGAAAGGAUCCGGGCCCAGCCAAAUUCCGACGCUACUCAAAUGGAGAGAGCUAUGUUAAUGGCUCAGCGGAGGGAUGACAAUGCUUAUCACGGUUAUUCGGCGAGCUGCGCACUGGAUUCACUUAUGGGCGUUCCUUCUCCCGGAGGAGCAGCGGGAGCACAUGGCUUCGGAUGCAACCGUGCUGUUGACGGUUGCUCGGGAUCGCUUUUUCCAGGCUAUCGGAUGGCGACACAUUAA